CUCUAGCUCCAGGGGAUCUGACGUCCUUUUCUGGCCUCUCAGGGCAAUGGCACUUACUGACACAGGCGCACACGUAAACAUAUAACUUAAAAAGAAUGUCUUUGACUGGGCGUGGCGGGGCACACUUGUGAUGGCAACGCUAUGGAUGGAGAGUCAGAAGGUUCCUGAGUUCCAUGGCUUGAGAAAACUCGGAGGCACUUGCUUAAAUGGCUAUCGAAUGUAUCGACUCUCUACUUGUGAGGCCUGGAAGAGUGAACAGGAUCAAGCCACUGCUUUUGCCUGCCAAGAAGUGCGGAGCGCUGUGAUUGGUCCUUGCUUGGGUAAAAGGGAGAGCAGGGCUUGCAGCGUGGGGUCUUCGGGGAGCCAUGGCGUCGCUGAACUGCAAAACUGUGGUCUGCGUCAUCUGUUUGGAGAAGCCGAAAUACCGCUGCCCGGUUUGCCGCGUGCCCUACUGCUCGGUCACUUGUUUCCAGAAGCACAAAGAGCAGUGCAACCCGGAAAUCCGUCCUGUUGAGAACAGAAGAACAGUGGCUCCUGUGAAUACAGAGCCUGAGGAAAACAAAGAUGAUGAUGAGUCUGUAGCUGAUUUCCUCAACAGUGAUGAGGAAGAAGACAGAGUGUCUCUGCAGAGUUUAAAGAACUUAGGUGAAUCUGCAACUCUAAGAAGCUUACUGCUCAACCCACACCUGAGACAGCUGAUGGUUAACCUGGACCAGGGUGACGACAAGGCACAGCUCAUGAAAGCCUGCAUGCAGGAGCCCUUGUUUGUGGAGUUUGCGGACUGUUGUUUAGGAAUCGUGGAGCCUUCCCACAACAGGGAUUCUUAAAACUGAACGUGCUCUAUGCUCAAGCUGCCCACUGCUCCUCCCAGGAGGAGGUUGUCUCCAAGGCUGCUGUAGGACAUGUAGGUCUUCAUCACACGGCUUGCUUCAGACAAGUUGGGGAUACUCAAGGUGCAGAGCCUUUAUGGAGAGGAAACUUGUAGCCCUGGAGUGAUGGCUCAGCUCCUCCAGAGGACCAAUCUCCAGUACCCACAUGACUGCGAACAAUUGUAGUUACAGUUCCAGAGGAUCUGACCUGACCCCCUUCUUCUGGCCUCUGAAGGUACUGUAAACAUGUGGUACACAGCCAUACAGGCAGGCAAAACUCACACAUACAUUAAAAAUAAAGGGAAAAGGCUAUUUACAUUUAUGUGGUAGUUUUAAAUUUAUUUCUGGUACAGUUCAGAUGUAAAUCUUAAAUACCAAGUUUAUCCAUUUGAAUUAAAAAUUGAUAGUGUUACUGAAUAAAUUUAAGAUGUGAUUCUGUUGUACACUGUAUUGUUCAUUGUUCUUGGUAACAUUAAAUAAAUCAAUUUAU